UUUCAUUUUGCCUCUUUCCAUGCCUUUAAAAACUCGGUAGGAGUUUGAACGCCAAAUCUGAAAUUUGAAAAACAGUUGAAUAACGGAAUAGACAAAAUAAACAAAAGAAAUAAGCAAAAUACAGGAACCAUAAUUCACUCCACUCCUUCAUCGCAAAAAGCUCCCUCACUUUCUCUCGCGCUCAUUUUCGCCCCCUUUUUCUCUGUAAUUCUACGUUCUAGGGUUAGGGUUCUUAAAAAAAAUUCUCCAAAAUUCUCCUAAUUCCUAUCUCAAAAUCUACAUAAGUUCCACUACUGAAACAAUGAGAACCAAUUGUUGCCACAAGUUAUUGGCAUUCAAUCUGAAAUUCCUUAAUUUCUUGCAAUUUUUCCUCGGAUUUUCGACUGUGAUUUACUCCGCUUACUUGCUAAAUCAGUGGCAAAGCCAAGCUCCAGUUGUUCCUUCGCCUCCAUCUCCAGCUCCGCCGCCGAAUUAUCUUCCUUCUCUUACCACCAUUGGAGGAUCGCUAGAUGUUGCUGAUCGGAUUGAGUCCUAUAAUCUCGGCGUCGAAUUUGUCUCGGGGUCGGAAAUCAAUUUGGUCUCGCAUUUGCAUUUCAUUCAGCUUCCUGCUCCAUGGUUCGUAUACUUAUUGAUGGUGGUUGGUGGUAUACUAUGCUGUAUGUCUUGCAUUGGUCACAUUGCAGCUGAAGGAUUAAGUGGUUGUUGCCUCUGCUUUUACAUUUUCCUUUCAAUUGUGCUCAUUUUACUUGAAGCAGCUGCGGUGGUAUUUAUUGCAGCUGACCGAUAUUGGGAUAAGGAUCUUCCUUAUGACCCAACUGGGGAGCUUGAGAAGCUUAAAUCCUUUGUUGAAGAGAAUGUUGAUAUAUGCAAGUGGCUGGGCCUUACUUUGCUCAGUGUCCAGGCAUUGUCGCUCCUGUUAUCAUUGGUCCUCCGAGCUAUGAUUUCUACUUCAAGAGAAGAGCCUGAUGUUGAGGAAGGUGAUGCUUCUGGGAGAGAUAGCACAAGGAACCCACUGCUUUACUCUCAAUCUAAUCAAUCGUCUGCGACAGUAAAGGGUGAAGGAAGGGGGGCUGGUUCUGACAUCUGGACGACACAGAUAAGACAGAAGUAUGGACUGAACAAUGAGUCAUCAAGAAAUCAGUCUCUGAAUGCACCAUCUGGUACGACUUCCUAGUUCUCAAUAAGGCAGGUAUCAUCCUAAACAACGAAGAGAAGUGGUAAAUACCACAUUCGGAUCAGAGCUAAUGGACAAUUUCAAUGUAUAGUUACCCAAUUCUUCAUUUUCUCUAUUCCUGGGAAAUAAUCUUCUGUUUGGUUUGAUAUAAAUCUAAUCAAGUUGUGUUCUAUCCCUGAACUUUGAGGUUAUUGAAUGCCCUGUAUGAAGUUUUGGAAAUCAAUCUAUUUAGUUAUUACUUAUUAGCACACAA